AAACUACGUACAAACCUACUCAUCAAACAACAAGUUUCACUCUUCAAAAUCUUUCUUUUAUAUAUUAAUCAAUCAACUACACCUCAACCGAAAGAAGAUUACGUACGUAUAACACAAGAAAUGGCAACUGAAUUCGAAAUUACGGAGCUAAGAUUAGGGCUUCCAGGGGAAAAACCUAGCUCAUUUGGGAAGAAAAGGGCGUUUUUUGAAAUCGACGACGAUAGCAAAAGCAGCAACAACGAUAACACAAAGUGUCAAAACAAAAACCAAGUUGUAGGGUGGCCGCCGGUUUGUGCUUAUAGGAGGAAGAAUAGCUUUAAUGGACGUGAAUCGUCCUCUAAAAUGUACGUCAAAGUUAGUAUGGAUGGAGCCCCGUUUCUUCGAAAACUUGAUUUGAACACUCACAAAGGAUAUUCUGAACUUGUCAUGGCUCUUGAGAAGCUCUUUGAUUGUUAUGGAAUUGGCAAAGCGUUGGAGGAUGCAGAGAGUUCAGAGUACGUACCAAUAUAUGAGGACAAAGAUGGGGACUGGAUGCUUGUGGGCGAUGUUCCCUGGGAAAUGUUUACUGAGUCAUGUAAAAGGCUAAGAAUUAAGAAGAAAUCGGAUGCAAAUGUGUUAGGACUUCGAGCUAAGAACUUCCUCAAAGGGAGUGUAUAAAGAGAAAUGAAAAGCAUAUGCCCAAUUGCAAGUCCAAAUUAUGUUUGUAAUUUUUUUGCCUAAGAUCUUGGCAUAAGAUGUAACUGUAAUUUCAGGUGUAUAAUUAGGAUACGCUAGACAUGAAUGUAAUAAUUUCAUCUAAACUAGGUUUUUUCUAAGAUGUCAAUCAUAUUAUCGUGUCUAAUACGACUAUAUAUGUCCUAUGUUUAAUUAAGUUAUCUGCUAAAAUUGUGGCUAGCAGAUACUUCAUUACGGUUACCCAUAUCUAAAUAUUUUCCUAA